AAAAAAAAAAAAAAAAAAAAAAAUAGAGCUCUCAAGUUAGAAUAAAGGCCCUGUAUACACCACUACUUUUUUUGGAAAAAAAAUCAUUGAUGACAACAGUUGGAGAGGAAGAAAGCAAAGUGAGACAGCUAUAAUGUAGCGAUAGUAACACCCCCCUUUUUUAUUAGAUGUCUGCCCUCUCCCCUCAAUCUCGUGGUGAACAAAAGGCCCGUAAGGCCAUCCUCAGUCUUGGUUUGAAGCCCGUUGAAGGUAUCACUCGUGUUACUUUCACUCGUGGUCAAGCCAACGUCUUCGCCAUUGCCAACCCUGAGGUCUUCAUGAGUGUCAACUCUGACACCCACAUUGUUUUCGGUGAAAUGCAAGCUGAAGACAUGAACGCCAGAGCCCAAUCUGCUCUUGCCGAACAAAUGGCUGCCGAAGCCGAGAACCAAGAAGGUGAAGCACCCGCUCUUGUUGAGGAAACCCCUGAGGAAGACGAUGAAGAAGUUGAUGCCACCGGUGUUGAGGAGAAGGAUAUCGAUUUAGUCAUCACCCAAGCUAACGUCUCUCGCGCCAAGGCCGUUAAGGCUUUGAAGAACAACGAGAACGAUGUCGUUAACGCCAUUAUGGAACUCACCAUGUAAAUUGCUUUUUUCAAUUAAAUACAAUCUUCAUCCCCCUUUUUUUUUUAUUGUGAGACAUCUCAUAAUAAAAUCAUAAAAAAAAAUGUAUCAUGUCUUUCUGUGUGUGUG